ACCCUCAGCAUGUUCCACACAUUCCACCUGCAUUCUAAGAGCUCACCGGUAGGUGGCGGUGAAGCGCCGCGGUGUUGUUUACCAGGAUGGAAUCAGAGGGUCGAUCUCAGUCACGUGAUUUAGUCAACUUCCUGUUUAUCGCUUGUUUGUGAAACUCUGUACGCUGGACCGUCCUGCUGAGCUGUCGGUCACAUUACUGUACCGUGGUCUGGGUCUGGUCCUGGUUCUGGUUCUGGUUCUGUUGGACCUUCCAGAGGACCGUGGAUGACCCGCUGAGCAGCACCGGAGGAUCGGCUGGUACUGACGGGUCCAAACCCUCAGAUCGGUUCCGGUUGGUUCCGUGGUCUCCUGCUCCGCAGCGGCGGCUCCCUGCUGCUCUCCCCGGGGCACCGGCAGCCCGCGGCCCGCCAGCGGCUGGAGUUCCGGCGGGGAGGAGCUGCUCACCGCUGCCGUGAAUCCAGGACGGCCUCCCGGCUCCGGCCCCCUGCAGCGGGCAGUCAGGAAGAAGCUCGCCGGGAAGGGAUGGCCUGCUCGGUCUCCCCGCUCCAGAGGACACGGCGCUGCGGUGUUUGAGGGCGGACGGGUGCGGCUGGAAGCUACCGCCGCGGCUCCAGGCGCCAUGAUGGCCGCCUCCCCCACCGCGGCCGGCGGCUUCCCGUUCCCCGGGCUGUCGGUCAGGAAGGGCGAGCAGAUCGCGGAGCUGAUCGAGCUGUUCUCCAGGACCCAGUACAGAGCGAAGGAGGUCAGCCCCCGGGUGGAGAUGAUAGAGAAACGAUGUCUGGAGCUUUUUGGAAGAGAUUACAAGUACAGCAUCAUCUCCAACUCCAACGGAGAGGUCUGCGGCCACUACCCCCGGCAGAUAGUCUUCCUGGAGUAUGAAUCCCCGGAGCCGGACAGAGACAGGUAGGUCC